UCUUUGAUUGUUAUGGUAAUUAUUUGUCACUAUUAUCUGCACGUGGUUAUUUUAUUUAGAGAUUAAAGGAGUUUACGACCUGUAGAGGUGUUAAAUUACAAUGCUAAUUAAUGUGCAUGAUGCCUGUGCUGGAAUUAAAUCAUAGAAGGGUAAUUAACACGUGUAAUAGCCACAGAGGUAUUAAAUUACAUAGCGGCAAUGUGCAGGUUGAAUUCCUGUACAGAUAUUAAUGUUACAGUGAUAAUUAAUAAGUUUAAAAGUUGUUCAGCUGUUGACUUAGCGGGGAUAACCAAUAACAGAGGUAGGAGAGGGAGCAGUUGUUUCCUGUCUCUGUGCCCAAACAGUUCUCCUUUUCUUUAGCUAGCUGGAAAACCUGCAGCCUGAGAUUAAGGAGCUUGCGCAGCGCCUUCGCUAUGAGGUUUCGGCGCGUGGAAAGCAGCUGGGGUGGUCUGAAAAGGCGGCCAGGUUCCACUUCGCCAGGAGCAUGCGGCGGAUCGUCGCGGAGCUGUACGUGCGGGACAACUGCCACCCCCUGAAGGCCACCGUGCUGCUGUGGGUGCAGGUGCCCCUGUGGCUCUGCGUGUCCCUGGCUCUGCGCAACUGCAGCGUCGGCGCCCUGGGCCCAGCAGUACAAGAGCAGUUUUCCUCAGGAGGAGCACUGUGGUUUACUGACCUCACAGCACCUGAUUCCACGUGGAUUUUGCCAGUUUCCCUGGGGCUGGUGAAUUUGCUGGUGGUGGAGAUCUUUGCUUCCCAGAAGAAGAUGCCAGUUUCCCGGUUCCAGCAGCUUGUGACGCACUUGUUCCGCGCGGUGUCCGUGGUGAUGGUCCCCAUUGCUGCCACAGUGCCCUCCUCCAUGGCGCUGUACUGGCUGUCCUCGAGCCUGGUGGGACUGUGCCACAACCUCCUGCUGCGCUCCCCCGCCUUCCGUCGGCUCUGCUGCAUCCCACGGACCAAAUCCGACUCGGACACUCCCUACAGGGACAUCGCGGCUGCCUUGGCCACCAGAUACAGCUUUGGGAAACAGCCCCGCUGAGCUCCAGGAGAGCUGCCUCGGGAAUGCAGCAGUGCUCUUCUAGAGACAUGUGCUUCUUUGCUGUGUAUUUAUUUCCAAAAUAAAACACUGGCUGGCCAUGAACAAGGAUUGGUCAGCAAAAAUGUGUCUUUACUGGGAAGCUUUGUUUCAAGGGUGGUUGUUUGGCAGUUGCAAUAGUCCAGAAAUCCAGGUUUCUCUCCUGAAUUAGCAUCAGAAAUUGGCCAGGUGAGUGUUAAAACUGUGACUCAUAUACUGUGCCUCUUUUUCACUCUAAGUCCUGAAGGUAAAGAGGUUUGGGGGUUUUUUGUUAAAAGGGUCAGGAAUUAAUUACUUUCUUUACCUUUUUAAGAUUCCAGGCUAUUACUGUGACGUCAGCUAACAAAAAUUCAGAAGCAGAAUUUUUAAUGCAGACUUGGAAGCAUUUAUUUGAGUUGUUGUGAUAACCGAGUAGAACUUUACAGAUAGGGCUGAGAUACACUUUAUGGCUAAAAUCAGUUUAGAAGAAAAAGUGCAGAUGCCACUGUACUGGUAACACUGCACUUUACCUGUGGGGAUGUUUCACUGAUGUCUUUCACUGUUUUCACUGUUAGGAGUCUCAGAACAGCAGUGAUAGUGUUAUAUCUGGAUGCUGCCAGGAUAAUCUUAUUCCAAGAAACUCCCCAAAGCAGGUGCGAAACUGAAGGUAGAGCAGCCAGAAGCAUCUCAUCUAAUGCUGUCUUAGCAAUUCAAAAUCCACAGGUAAGGAGAUCAGAAGGUAUGGAAUAAAGCCCUUUCCAGGUCUGCAUUGCAGAUAGGACAAUGUUCUAGGUUUUUUAAGGGCCUUACAGAUUCCUCUGAAUGAAUAUUGUCAUUUUGCCUCAUCUGAAGGUGUUGGAAAAAGACUGGGCAAAGGGGGCUGUAUUUUUGUUUGGGAAGCUGGUGGUAGAGGGAGCUGGUGCUCCAUGCAGUGCUGAGGAAAAUCAUGUGUGAGUGAGUCACCUGAGAGGGGCUCACGCACCCAGCCUGGCAACAGCUAUGUCUUGUGUGUAGUGAAUAACAUGAGAUUUCUUGGGAGGCAUAAAGAGGGCUGUGACACUGGUCGCUGAAAAAAAUACCUCACAACUGUCAGGACCCCAUAUGUUCAAUACAGGAAGCUGGCUCUGUUAGAUUUGCAGUUCUCCAUUUAUUUAUGUUUAUUUUACACCCUUUUUACCUUAUAAAAUUGCACCCAAGACUGCCUGCAAGUUCAGAGAGAGUAAGGUUCCUCCAGUGAGUGUAUUUGGUGGUGUAUUUCUCACUGCAUCAUUUUAGGUCUAGAAGAGGGUUGUUGGGACACAGCAUGUACUUAGGAGAGAGCCUAAGCUUAAGGAACUGAAGUCAGGCCAGCACAAAUUCCCUGCAUGGGUUGUGGCAGAGCUCAGAAAGGCUGAAAUACCCUGCUGGAUAAUACCUGUUUGGUUCUCUGUCUUGAAGAUGCAGUGUGGACUUCAAGAACAGGGCUGUGAUGCUUGUUAUCGUUGGUGGCUGUGCCCUGGAAAUGACUUUGUUUACCCUAAAGCUUACCUCUGUUCUCAGCCAUAGUAAUGACUCGGUUCAAAUACAUUGUCUGCCCUAAAACCCUUGUCUUGGUGUUCCUAGGAAAGAGGGUUGGUGCUUUGCUGUUUGCCUUUUUAUGGAAAUGUAAUUAUUUUGUUGUCAGUCCAUGUUGAGGAGACAAAGAUGGAGCAAAGAUACAUAUAAUGAUGUCUGUCAGGUCGAAUGUGUCC